AAUCGGUAUAAAGAGCAGCGCACCGAUCUGACAAAAUUAGUUCUUCAGUGACUUUCGUGCAGUGUGUUAAUAUAAAAAGAAAAAGAUUGAAAAAUGACUGGUCGUGGUAAAGGUGGCAAGGGCUUGGGAAAAGGUGGCGCCAAGCGUCAUCGCAAAGUCUUGCGUGAUAACAUCCAGGGUAUUACAAAGCCAGCUAUUCGCCGUUUGGCUCGUCGUGGCGGUGUGAAGCGCAUCUCUGGUCUUAUCUACGAGGAAACUCGUGGAGUCCUGAAAGUGUUCUUGGAGAACGUUAUUCGUGACGCCGUCACCUACACCGAACACGCCAAAAGGAAGACAGUGACGGCCAUGGAUGUUGUUUAUGCUCUGAAGAGACAGGGACGCACUCUAUACGGCUUCGGCGGUUAAAAUUAUUUUUGUACAGCCUGUACUUCAACUAUACAAUCGGUCCUUUUCAGGA